AUAUGUUGAUUUAAAAAAAAAACCAACCCGCGACCUUUUUGCGUUGUUGGGCUUGGACCGUCUCAUAAAGCCGAGAAAAGGAGCGUAAACACAUUCAUUAGAUUAGAGUAAUAACAAAGAUGCUCCGAUGUGCGAGCGGUUGGCGUGUAGCAGAGGAGUUGGUGGUGAAAUCAUCACCAUCGAAAUCUCUUGGUCGGAGACGCACCGCAUUUACGGAGCAUAAUCUCCCGACAUACGAUCCUCUGUCGCACGUUGCCAAGAGAGAGCGCCGUCGUCUCAGAUUUGCGGAGAACGCAGUCCACGCCAUCCCUGUUGUUCUUGUUUUCUGCGCUAUCGUUCUCUGGCUCUUCUCCAACAGUGUUUAUGUUUUAAAUAAAGGCGAUGUGUUGUACUGUUGGCAGAAUCAAGGAUGUGAAGAUUAAUAUAUGGUUAAGAUAUGUCUUGCUUACAAACCGGACGCUGGGAGACUCUUAUCCAACAAAAAUCUGGUGCAUCAAAAACUGACAAGUUGGAAGAAAAGAAACGAAAUACAGAUUUUUCUUUUGUGUCAAUGAGGUCACCAUCUUGUUGGGAAAAGAAGCACUAUUUAUGAUUUAUUUGUAUUGUAAAAUUGAAUGUAAUGCACUAGUUUAUGAAUACAGCUCUCUCUUGCUUGCGGGAAAUGCUCAAA